CUUGUAUCUGUAAUAAAUAGAUAUACAAAAUCUUGUAUGCAUAUUAUUCUUGAUUUUUACAAAAAAAUGUAAAUCUUAUGUAGAAAAGAGAUUUACAUUUUAUUUGUGAACACAAUUUUUUUAAUGCAUAGUGUUCAGUAAUUUAUAAUGUUUAUAUGAAUUGAUUAUUAUUAUUAUGUGAAUAUUUAUACGUAAUAAAUUUUAUUCGCAAUAUCACAUUGAUUAUUUACUAUAUGUACAUAGAUAAUCGAAUUUAACUAAUAAAUAAUAUUUUUCUAAGAAAUUUGUAAUGAACAAUAUGUCUGGGGAAACAUAUGAAGAUUUCGAAGACAACAAUUUUAUUAUAACAAAACAAGAACGUGAAACACUACAUUUACUGCUAUGUAUAUUAAAUGAUAUGCUAAUGAAAAGCGGUAAUGUAAUGUCAUACUCAUUAUCAUUGCGUUAGAUAUUUGUGUACGUACAUUAUCACUCACUAUCAUUCCGAAUUAACUAGCAGUUGUUGCUGAGAGUCAGAGAGGUCGGCCCGUAUGUACGUACGAAUAAUCUACAAACAAUUUAGAUAACAACAAAAUAACGUUAAAUAGUCGCCCAUAAUUACAUGUCUGAAUUUGGAAGCAUCAUAUCUCACAAUGUGGUAUUUAAGACAUGUAAAUAAAGUACGGCUAUCUCUCAACCUCAAGUUGUCAGUAAGAUACAAUCAUGUUCACUUGAAAGAAAAUAUUAAGAGACAGCAAAUUAGUAAGGUGCUCAUUGCUAAUCGCGGUGAGAUAGCAUGUAGAGUGAUGCGGACAGCUAAAAAGUUGGGUAUUAGGACUGUUGCUGUAUAUUCUGAUGCGGAUAAAAAUGCAAUGCAUGUUGAAAUGGCUGAUGAAGCAUAUCAUAUAGGUCCCCCACCAUCUGCACAGAGCUACCUAAAUGCUGCUAAAAUACUGGAUGUGGCUAAGAAAUCCAAUAGUCAAGCCAUACAUCCUGGCUAUGGUUUCCUCUCAGAAAAUGUAGAGUUCUGUGAAAAGUGCACAAAUGAAGGAGUCAUAUUUAUUGGACCUCCACCUUCAGCUAUUAGAGACAUGGGUAUAAAAAGCACAUCAAAAGCCAUAAUGUCAAGUGCAGGAGUACCAAUAGUAAGGGGCUAUCAUGGUGAGGAUCAAAGUAUUGAGAGACUGCAAGCAGAAGCUCAGAAAGUUGGAUUUCCACUUAUGAUCAAAGCUGUACGAGGCGGAGGUGGUAAAGGUAUGAGAAUUGCAAUGACAGAAGAAGAAUUUCUACCGCAAUUAGAGUCUGCUAAAAGAGAAUCAUUAAAAUCGUUUGGAGAUGACAAUAUGCUUUUAGAGCAAUAUAUUACAGAUCCACGUCAUGUUGAAGUACAGGUAUUUGCUGACAUGCACGGUAAUGUGGUGCACCUGUUCGAAAGGGACUGCUCUGUACAACGAAGACAUCAAAAAAUCAUAGAAGAAGCACCUGCUCCAGGCCUUUCAGAAGAUACGCGCAAGGCAAUAGGUGAGGCGGCAGUGAGAGCUGCUCGCGCUGUGGGUUACGUCGGAGCUGGUACCGUAGAGUUUAUAUUGCACAGAAUAACACAUGAGUUCCACUUUAUGGAGAUGAACACACGUUUGCAAGUUGAGCAUCCUAUCACUGAGAUGAUCACUGGAACCGAUCUAGUGGAGUGGCAACUCCGCGUUGCUAGCGGCGAACCACUACCGUUGUCACAACAAGAGAUGGUGCGUCGCGGGCAUGCUGUAGAAUGCAGGAUCUACGCUGAGGAGCCCGGCGCAGGAUUCUUACCGCGAGCGGGCACGCUUCACCGACUCAGACAACCCACUCCUGAGGACAAUGUGCGGAUAGAAACGGGCGUGCGUGAAGGACAAGAGGUAUCGGUACAUUAUGAUCCAAUGAUUGCCAAGUUGGUCGUAUGGGGCCGGGAUCGCAACGAAGCUUUAGCUAAAACCAGAGCUAAGCUUUCUGAAUAUCAGGUGGCAGGUUUAGAGACGAACGUAAACUUCUUGCUGCGACUCAGCGCUGCGUCCGCAUUCGUUUUCGGCGACGUGCACACUGCUUUUAUUCCGCAACACGAGGCCGAACUAUUCGCAGAUCCCGAUGAACACUUAGCAAAUCUACGAUCUAUUCAUGCUGCCCUUGGAUUGUUACUUAAUUCUCAACGAAAUGACUCUGUUACAAAGAACUGGAAAGGAAUCUCAGUAGAAUCAGCGUCAUGGCGACCCAAUUAUCAGCUAAAGAAAACUAUACUGCUGAAAUUUAAUGACAAAGACAUAAAAAUAACAGUGGAAUACGAUAGUGCGCCAAAUUCAUACAAAGUGCAAGUAAACGAUGGGCAAUGGCAGCAAGUUGAGGCGCUCUUAAGAAAUACAGAGUUAGGACUUCAGCUCACCACACGAAUAGGCGACGUGACCAGCAAUGUUGGUCUGUUAACUUACGCAGAUGAACUGCAUGUUUAUGAUGAGAAUGGCCAAAGUGUUCACCGAAUACCGCGACCUAAGUACCAGACAGGAAGUGACGAGGAUGUGUCUAGCUCACAGAACAGCGCCUGCUCUCCAACUCCUGGCGUUAUGGAGAGGAUUUUAGUAGCUAAAGGAGAUAAGGUUGUAAAAGGCCAACCCCUGUUCGUUGUAAUAGCUAUGAAGAUGGAAUACGUAGUCCGCUCUCCGAGAGAUGGAGUUAUAGCAGAAAUAGCAACCGUGAAGCAAGGUGACGCGGUGGGGAAGGGCGCUCAAAUAGUACUGCUCGAAGCGGAUAGUUGAAUAUAUAAAACUGCAUUAUUCAUAAAAUGAUUAAGCCUUCAGUAAAUAUGUGAUGUGAUGACAAUAAUUGUGUUUUGUCACUUUUUUGCAAAUUAAGAUUAGAUGCAUAUGUACAUUCAUUGGACUUGACAAUUUUUUUUCGUAUGAGCAAUUUUUGUUUAUUAACUUUUACAUAUUUAGUUAUCUAUAAAUGACCAAAGUAAUGUAUAUAAAAUAUAGCAUUGCAAUUUUGGUACAUUACAAUAUUUUAUUUUACCAAAUUUUGUAUCAUUCUUGGUACUAUGGUGACUCCUGUAUUGAGCACUGAUUCUCCUCUUGUGCGGGAAGAUUUUACAGGAUAUGCAAUAGUAUAUAAUAACUAUUAUUUAGGUUUACUGUUUAACUUUAAUUAAAAACAGGGUUUAGUAUAAAUAAAGUUAGAUCUAACAUAAUUAAUUAUACUUGUACAAAAUAGUUCACUAGAAUGUAAUAUGCUCUAUGAUAUAUGUUGUGCUUGUUCCAACAUAAGUCUUGUUUAAAAAAUCACAUCAAUGGUUUAUUAUAUAAUAUUUCUAUUAAAACUGAAUAUAAUGUCUUACGGUAGUUCCACUGGGUUUGUUAUCUUCUAAUCUUGACAGAUUGUUCUUGCCUUGAUGAAAUCUGAUUUCAUCUGAUAAUUUUAACGUUUACUACCCACGUAUUACGUAUCAUUAUCUCACUAUAUUAUUUUGUCAUAGUUAUGUGUUACGAAUUUUCAUUCAAUUAAUGACUGAUUUUCCAUAUUUUGUAUAUUUCAUUUUUUAAUAUAUAAAUGACCGGUAAAUAUAUGAAAUGCGGAAGUGAACGCUUGCCUCUGCAUACAAAAUCUUUGACAUAAUAUUAUAUUAUUUCUAUAUCCAUACAAAUUACUUCUGUGUCAGAUGUAAUUUGUAUGGAUAUAUAUGGUCUUAGGAAUACGGGCUGUACCAUUGAAACAGUUGAGGUUACUAUAAUUGUAAUGUCUGUUAUUACAUUAAACUAUUUAAUUAAAUUUAUAAUUUGGUUAUGUUCUCGUGUUUACUUUCUAUAAAUAUUAAUUGUUGUUUUUUUAGAAAACAAAUUGUAUACAAUUUUAUACUUU